AAGAAUGAGAAAUGGGCUGCAGCAGAGACAGCAAUCUUUCACAACUUUUAAGGACACUCUCAACGUAUCCCAACCAAACCCAAAAAACAGACGAAGAAGAAGAAGAGAGAUAUGGCAAGGUUGGUGGUGGUGCAGCAACAGCACAAACAUCCUUCUUUCUCUCUUCUACCUUCUUCUCUAUCUGACUUCAAUGGCAUUAGGCUCAAAACUCAACUCCAGUAUAAGAAGAAAGUCUAUCAGCCCAAAGGAGCUUUACAUGUUACAGCAUCAAGUAAAAAGAAAAUUCUUAUAAUGGGUGGCACCAGGUUCAUUGGUGUGUUUUUGUCGAGACUCCUUGUCAAAGAUGGUCAUCAGGUAACUUUGUUCACUAGAGGAAAAGCACCCAUCGCUAAGCAAUUACCAGGUGAAUCCGACAAGGAUUACACUGAUUUUUCUUCCAAGAUAUUACACUUGAAAGGGGACAGAAAGGACUUUGAUUUUGUGAAAUCUAGCCUCUCUGCUGAAGGCUUUGAUGUGGUUUACGAUAUAAAUGGAAGAGAGGCAGUUGAAGUUGAACCUAUAUUGGAUGCACUACCGAAGCUAGAACAGUUCAUAUAUUGCUCUUCAGCUGGUGUCUAUCUGAAAUCUGAUCUAUUGCCUCACUUUGAGACCGAUGCUGUUGAUCCAAAGAGCAGGCAUAAGGGAAAGCUUGAGACAGAGAGCUUGCUGAAAUCAAGGGAUGUUAAUUGGACUUCUAUUAGGCCAGUUUACAUCUAUGGACCCUUGAAUUACAACCCUGUUGAAGAGUGGUUCUUCCACCGGUUGAAAGCUGGUCGCCCAAUUCCGAUACCCAACUCAGGAAUACAAAUAACUCAACUUGGUCAUGUUAAGGACUUGGCAAAGGUUUUCGCUGACGUUCUUGGUAAUGAAAAGGCCAGCAAGCAAGUAUUCAACAUCUCUGGAGAAAAAUACGUCACCUUUGAUGGAUUAGCAAGAGCUUGUGCAAAGGCUGGUGGCUUUCCUGAGCCUGAGAUCAUUCACUACAAUCCCAAAGAGUUUGACUUUGGCAAGAAGAAGGCAUUUCCAUUCCGUGACCAGCAUUUCUUCGCAUCCGUUGAAAAGGCAAAGAGCGUGCUAGGAUGGAAACCGGAAUUUGACCUGGUGGAAGGUCUUGCAGAUUCCUACAACCUAGAUUUUGGUAGAGGAACAUACAGGAAAGAAGCUGAUUUCGAAACCGAUGACAUAAUUCUUGGCAAGAGUCUUGUUCUUCAAAGCUAAACCUCUGUAUUGUCCUUUGUCUCUUAACAUUAUAUUGCACUCUUUUAUCAGUUCUGCAUGCAGAUAAUAGAAUUCUAGUUUUGUAAUUAAAUUAUUAAUAUUUUCUAUAAAUCAUAUGAUCUGCAUCAGAAGCCAAA